GGAGGAUUUUUUCUAUAGCACCUUGAUGCCGUUAUUUCAAGAACACAGACUGGAAGAAUUACUAGAUUUUGCCCCAAAAUGCUAUUUGAGUAGAGUUAAAUGGAUGAUAGUGCUUGAUCAUUUAGGGAACCAGGGAUUCGUUACCUUGAAUCUAAAUCAGACUCUUGAUAUUGAUGGCUUAAAACACGUGGUAGCACAAUUGGCCAAACUUACUGCUGUUACAUUAAUUGUGGAGGAAAAUUUGUCACGUAAAGAAGGUAGACCUGUUAGAAUAAACGAAAUAUAUCCAAAAUUCCAAGAAACAAUUUAUAUAUACCAAGAGGAAAGCUCUAUCAAAAAAAUGAUUGAUAAAAAUAAAGAUUCUCUACAUUAUCUAAUAGAGCUACUACCAGAAGCAACCGCUCAGCUUAAUCUACCUCUGGAAGAGAAGUUUAAAAAAUUCGAUGAAGUGUUUAUGUCAAUAUUUUCAGGGAUACUCACUUCCGACAUUUUCAGAAACGCAAUUGCUCACGGCGACAUGCAUUUAGGGAAUAUGCUAUUUAAACAAGAACUGGACGGGUCUAUAUCUGAAUCUAAGCUAAUAGAUUUUCAAAUUCUACGUUAUAUACCGCCAGUUUUUGAUAUGCUGGUUUUUAUUCACGUGAACUCGUCUAGAGAAACGCGACUUAAACACUACGACGAUCUUGUUGAAGGUUUUUAUAAGGAUAUUGCCAAAUACCUGGAUAAAUUUGGGCAUGAUCCAGGUAAUGUUUUUCCGAGAGAUGUUUUUUAUGAAAGUAUCAAACAUGUGCGGCCGGCUUGUUUGUCAAUGGCUUAUUGGUUUUGUUAUUUGAUGAAAGCCGAUCCAGAAGUAAAAGCAGACUUGUUUAUGAACCAAGAGAAGUUUAUAUACUAUUAUGAAAAUAAUAACAGAGAAUAUAUAGAUUUAGUAUGGACGGGUGCAUGUUUUCAAGAAGGGUUGAGAAGUCUGCUUCAAGAUAUUACGGACUACAUAGUAGAAACAGAUAAUAUGUAGAUGAUGAUUUUAUGUUUAAGAUUUAAUUAUUAUAUUAUUUAUUAAGUUGAUUCGGUAAAUGCGGCUAGUUCUGCUGACGUCACACGCAAUUCCUUCCACUCUACGUAGCGUAGGUAGCCGAAGAGGAGAUUAGAAAUUCAAUAUGCUAAGAAAGUUCGCAAAUUUUUCAUGGCUCAUAUUGAAAAAUUUUUAGUUUUUUUUUAUUUAAAAA